AUGUUCGCCACUAGAGUGGAGUUACAUGAUUUAACUGAUGAGAUUCUUCUUCUUAUUUUUAAAAAACUGGACAAAGCUGAAGUGCUCUACUCAUUUCUAGGUGUUAAUCAACGAUUUACUAGACUUGUGCAUGAUUCAAUUUUUACAAAUCGUCUAACACUGACAAAAGGUUUAGAUGAUGGCUUAUUUGAUCGAUUAGAUAACCAAAAACUUGAACGGUUUUGUUUACAAAUUUUGCCUUCGAUUCGUCAUAGAAUCGAAUGGUUGGGUGUUGAAGCAUCAUCUAUGGAAAACAUUCUUCUUUGUACAAGUUAUCUCAACUUAUAUGGACUUGGUUUACAUGGUAUCGAGGAGAAUACUGCAUUACGCAUCUUUACUGACGAAACUCCUUUAACUCGCUUGCUUCAGGAUAAAAUUACAUCGCUUGUUAUUGAUACUAUUCUAUCUGAAGAUACAUUUACAGAAGAAUGCCUCCACUAUGGGUCAAGUGAUUGGGAUCAACCAUUAUUUCAAAUUCCUGCAACUAUUUCUUCUUCAACUCUGUUAGAAUUGCAUGUUAUAUUGGAAACAUUUACCGAUUGUCUGUAUUUACUUGACGGUCGUUUUAACUCACUUCAAAAACUUUUCGUUGAUGUUUGUCGGAUAGUAUCUCCACGGAUAAUAAUCGAUAAUCAGAAACAAAUACCCAAUCUAAAACAUUUUUUGCUCUAUAGUGAACGGGAUACAGAUAAGUAUAAUGAAUUGAUUGUACCACUUGUAUAUCGAAUGACCAAUCUAGAAGAACUCAAUUUACAUCUUGUUGUGUAUUGUGAGAAAAGAUCUAUUGAUGGUUAUGAUUUAAAACGCAAUAUUAUCAGUCAUUUAUUGCAAUUAAAUAAAUUUGUAUUUAACAUACGAUCACGUUUGUCUCUAAAUGAUCAGGCUUAUGUAUCGUCAAAUGAAGAUUGUCAACGUUCAUUCAAUGGUUUUAAAAAUAAUAAAAUUAUUUCAUGUAUUGAUUAUUUCCCAGAUCGCAAAGAAGGUCAAUGUCAUAUUUAUUCAUAUCCAUAUCCAGCAAAAUAUUAUGAAUAUAUUACAAAUAAUUUCCCAGAUGGAUUGUUUAAAUAUGUUCGUGAAGUCUCAUUAUAG